AGUUCGUAUUACUGUUAGGAAAUCAGUGAAAGUUCGUAUUAUUAAGGGUAAUUUUUCCUUAUUAAUUUGAGUGAACUUUUGUGACUUAACAAAAUUGACUUUUGGAUCGGGGAGUUGAAACGCACCACAUUUCUCCAUUCAUAAAUUCAAAAUUUUCUCCCUUCUCUCUCUAACAGAUAAAAUCCUAGAAAACAAAACCCAAAACCCAAAUUCUAAAUUUAAAAAUGAAAUCUAAAUCUAUAUAUAUUGAUGAAUUGGGUAUAGCGUUGAAUUUCUUGAAUACAAAACAAAAUCAAAAUAUAUAAAAAUGUACCUUUUGGAUUCCAAUUUGUUAGCUUAGAAUUUAGGGGGCAGCGACACAAAAUUCUAGGUUUGGAGUUAGAAAUUGAAGGCGGUAACGAUUGCGUAGCUGCGUAGGAACGUUAUCGACGGUGGUGGUGGUUGUCCUCGACAUUAGGAACGGCGGCGAAGGUGCGAGGAAGAGAGAAGUCAAGCGUGGAUUAUUCACGGUUCUCAAUUCCCUGUUUCUCAUCAAAUGCGUGAAAAGGUUAGCUAUAUAUGGAUACCGAGUUGACAUUGAUGUCCCUGACAGCAAAUGGGCUGAAGCUUCUACCUUCCAUGAUGUUGUCAUCUUUAAUACUGGUCAUUGGUAACGUUUACAACCUAUAUCCCUUCUUCACAUGAUUAUCUUUAUUUCUGCCGUUCUUUUAGACUAUGCCUUAUUUGUCUCGGUAAUUAUUUGCAUGAAGCAACCCUUUUUUUUUUUGCUCAUUAUCACCCAUUUCCACUUUCUAACUUAAAGAGUUAAAGAAGUAAAAGACCAUACAUUUGUCGCAAAAAUGCAACUCUCCUCUUCAUUGUCUCCACUGCUCCGCUGGACCUCUUUGUGACCUUGUAUAUGAUAAAUGCAACAAAUCUAUGCACCAUUUCUAUUCUAGCUUGUAUUUAGGAAAUGUUAGAUGUCAUUGCUAGUUAUGUUGGAUUACUGGAUAGUCGUCAACUUUUUUGUGCUUUUAUUGAGGGAUAUGGGCCUAUGUUUUGCAUUUAGAACUUGCAGACCUUUUAAGUUAAAAUUGGUGUUUUGGAUAUUCUUCCAUAUGCUUAAGCAAGUGAUGAUUUCCUCACAAAGGAGCAAAUAGAAAGUGCUAAGGCAAGAUGGGCUUUUGCGGUGGUGUUUAAGUACUUUGGCUGGAGUGGUGACUCCCUUGAUGGUUAGAGGUGUUGUGGAAUCAUGUAAUGAUGUGAUACGCUCAAUCUUUUUUGUGGUCUGUUUUCCGAGACUUCUCAAUCGAUUGUUUUUUUAGGCGUUGUGGAAUCAUGUGAUGACUGGAUGUUGUGAUCGGUCCUCCGGGGCUUCUCCAUCUAUUGUCUUUUAGAUGUGCCCUGCAUAAAUGAGAAAUUUGCUUUGUAGUUAAUGAUAAAUUGUCGUCCAAUUGCACUGGUUUGUUGUUUUUCACAUUCAAAUUUAAAAUCUCCUCUGUAAGAUAUACAAAUUUAGAUGAAAACCCUUGCACGUGUAGUGUCAUUAAAUGGUUUGCAAGUCAGAGGAAAGUCAUUUGCGACACCAGUUUUGCAGGUGGUGGGCUCCUUCCAAAUUCAACCCAGUAAUGUCGUCUAUGCUCCUAUUCAAGAAGGGGACUCCCAUAAUGCCUCCAAUUGCUCCUGAUGUUGGUUUGGAUAAGGUGUUGAGACAAAUGAUAUUAUAUGUCGAAAGUAAAAUGCGACCCGGUUCAAUAAGAAUAUUCCGCACACAAUCCCCUAGGCAUUUUGAGGGAGGUGAUUGGGACCAAGGUGGUUUUUGCCCGCGCUUAAAGCCUUUGGUGUCACAAGAGGUUUAGGUCAUUGGAGCUAUUGAAUCUUCAAAAUAACCAAUUAAAUGGCACUCUACAUGUGAGUUUAGGACAACUUUCAAGAUUAAGCUACUUGGAUAUUUCAUCCAACUCAUUGAAAGGUGAAAUUGGCGUACUCUACCUCUCUAAUCUCUCAAGAUUGCGUUACUUGGAUAUGUCCUUUAAUUCAUUAUCUUUCAAUGUUGGCUCGAGUUGGAUGCCAUCAUUUAAACUGGAUACCAUCGGACUUGCUUUUUGUAGAUUAGGUCCUCGUUUCCCAAAUUGGCUUCGAACUCAAUCAAAUUAUUCAAACUUGGAUAUAUCAUAUGUUGGGAUUUAUGAUACUAUCCCUUUUUGGUUUUGGAACCUUUCUACAAUACCUUCAUCAUUAGAAAACUUAGGUGAAUUGUUUUUAUUUAGAUUUUGGAGACAACCAGUUUUCAGGAACGAUACCUAAGUGGAUAGGGCGUAGUUUUCCAUAUUUGGUUGUUCUCAGUCUUCGCAACAAUUCAUUUUCUGGAAAAAUACCUCCAAAACUUUGCCUUUUAUCGUCCAUUCAAAUUGUUGAUUUGUCUGCAAAUAACCUUUCUGGGAAAAUACCAAGUUGUUUGUGUAACUUGACAGCAAUGACACAAAAAAAGAGUUCUCCUAAAGCUAUUACAGACACCAAUGCCACAUUCUCCACCAUUGGCUCUCCAUACGAAGACUACAUCUCUGUUGUACUGAAAGGAUUCAACUAUGAAUUUAAGAACAAUCUAGAACUUGUUAAGAGUAUCGAUCUUUCAAGCAAUAAGUUAGAAGGUAAAAUUUCGGCUCAAGUUUCCUGCCUUACGGGACUGAUUUCUUUAAAUUUUUCAAGAAACAAUCUCAAUGGAUCUAUCAUACCAAAAAUUGGUCAAUUGAAUUCUUUAAAGUCGUUGGAUUUGUCUAAUAACCAUCUUUCUGGGGAGAUUCCUGCGACGUUUUCAGAUUUGAACUUUUUGUCUACUUUAAGCUUGGCAAAUAACAACUUUUCUGGGAGAAUUCCAACUGGAACUCAACUACAAGGCUUAAAUGCUUCAGUGUUUUCAGGAAAUCCAGGGCUUUGUGGGAAUCCACUCCCAAAUAAGUGCGUAAGUGACCAAGCAAAGGGUAGCAGUCAAAAUAAACACAGUCUUGAAAACAAUGAAGAUGAUAUAACUCUGGGGUUGUAUAUCAGCAUUGCACUCGGAAUUAUCACAGGGUUUUGGGUAGUUCUUGGUAUUUUGAUAUUCAAGAGGUCGUGGAGAUAUGCCUAUUUUUGCUUUUGGGUGAAUGUUUAUGACAAGCUCUAUGUGAUCAUCACCUUUCGAAGACAUACUCGUGCUUGAUUUAACAUUUUGUACUUGCAUUUUUUGUUUGAUUUGUUCCUUUUUUUUUCAUAAAAAAUCUUUCGUUUUAAAUUACAAGUUUUUGGACAAAAUUAAUCUUAUUUAUCCGUAUUUUAGUAUUUUAAUAAUGAUAAAAGCAACUAAUAAUGUUUAGAAAACCCAAAAUUUUAGAAUUUAUAAGCUGAUAAUAAAAACAUCAG